AUGUAUAAAUUUGUCAUCUUUAAUAUUUUUGAACUCAACCUGUUUUCAACAUGUGAAGCUGAUGAUGAAUAUGGGUUUGAAACAACACCGUUCACUUUCUUAAGUGAUGCAACCGAUGUAAAAGGCUAUUUCCUUGCAACAUUGUUUCAACUCGAGCUCGUUGCAGAAAAACGGGUGUUGAAAGAGUGCAGAACUUUCCUUGAUGCAUCUCCUUUGAAAAACUGCAAUUAUCCCACUGACUUUAACAAAGGGAUUAGUGGUGCUGAGCUUCAUUCUUAUCGCUUGCUCAAUGAUAAGAAGAUGAGUUUGUAUACUGUAGGACCUUUCGUUUUCACCUCAACACCCAAAUCAAUAUCUAAUGGAUAUUAG